AUUUGCGUAGCUGUUAUAAUAUUCUUUUCACCUCCCGAAUGGGACUCUUAAAAAUGGAUGGAUUUUUCACUUGUUUCAUUCUGAUCGUUUCAUUAUUUCCGGUGGUCCAAAGUACGGUGACGCACUAUAUUCUGGGGAAGGCAGACGAGAGUUGCGACGAUGCGUGUUAUGCACACGCUAUGGUUUGUAACAGCACAAGCUCCUUCGGACCAGAUGUCUUGGCCGUCUUCAGAUCUGUCGGGGUCCAGUGCAAAACCGAUUAUAUACACAAUGUUUACUACAAUGAGUACGACCCAAGCGUUUUCACUUCCGGUGCUAACAAAGGCUUGUGUAGCGGCUUUGCCCGCGUGCUCUAUCCAUGGAAGUGCGAGGCACGUGAGCCAGAGGCACGCAGACUCUGCGCAUGCUCUCUAUGUCCAACAUGUACGUUUACUACGUCACCAACUACGUCACAAACAACAUCCCAAAUAGCGCCGUCCUCAACCCAGCCUACAAGCGCACCCACAGAUAAACCGACUGAUGUCACGCCUACAGAUGUCACCACAGGCCUCCCAACCAGCAGUACUCACUCAACUUCACCGACCGUCCAAACUACCCCUGCAUUUACAACAUCUCCUGCAACCAUCCUCCCACCCACUGCAAAAACAACCUCAUCUACUUGUAGCACUUCUAAGCCUACUGAGGAUGUAGGCACCUCGCCAGAGCCGAGUACUGAGAAUGAAACACAUACUCCUACGACUUACCCCACCCCUCCCCCAAACCCUACGGACGACACCAGCAGUACCGUCAAUAUGUCCAGUAUUGUCCAACCCACUGGUAUCGCUAACGGGGGAGCUGUGGAAGGGAGUAUCAGGCGCUGGAUGGCGGUCUGGAUACCAGUGUGCAUAGUUGUGGCCUUGGCUUGUGUACUGAUACCGCUGUUCAUUUUUCACCGCAGGCGCAAGAGAGAACAAAAGAAAGACAAAUUGCAUGUUAGUGAUUCGACAGUGCGCAAGAAAAGCAGUGGAAGCAAGGGAGAAAAUGCAGCAAGCAGAAAAUAUGAAUGGAUAAAUGGAAGACACUCAAACCUGUAUGACUCGUUCCAACUUGAAGAAAACAUAUAUGAAACCCCAGCAAAAACUGACUAUGAGGACAUGAGUUACAACGACAACAGCCUAUCCAAAAGCAAUACUGAGGAUGACUAUGGCGGGUAUGACUACGCGAGGUGGCAAGACACCGCCUCUUUAAAAGACAGCUUGCAGCGGGAAAAGUCUGAAAAUGUGCUGUACGAGGGCGUAAAACCUACCGGAGAGGGUCAAGGCAACUCUGAGACAUUCAACGUUCUGUAUGUGAGUCAAGAAGACGGGCCGAUCAACAAGCUCCCUAUCCCCAAGCCUACCGCUUACCAGCACUGCUGACGGCUCAACUGCUCAAUGGUCGAACGCUUCAUGGAAAACUCCAGCUCCUGGAAUGAGUAGCUCGGACAAUUUCUUAUUAUAGGACUGCAUACCAUACGAGUCUGCUCCAAUCAUUUUCCUGUAUUUAAGAUUACUUAGACUUAACACUUAGACUUGAUGAAGGAAUUCGUGUUUUAGCUUUCUUGAAAAAUUCUAGACCCUAAAUAAAUUGAUAUCACAGGUUUUCUAUUGGCUUGUUCCAGACCAGGCUCUGGAUGGGGGGUCUGCAUGUCAGUAGUCAGUAAAAAUUUCCAUAAUUUGUCGGUAGUCGGGAAGAAUUAUCGGUCUUUGUCGGUAGUCGGUGAAUCUAAGCUAGUAUUCGCUAUUGUACCAGAUUUCAUGUAUAAACAAGUAAGUAGUAGUAAAUAACUUUUUGAUAAUAAAUUAGUUAUGGGUUAAUAAUUGCCUGAAAAGUUGAUGCAAAGGAAAUACAUAUAGUGCAGAUUCUGAAAUGGCCGAAUUUAAGUAGAUUGACGAUGGCAGUAAAGCAGGGUCGUGGCCUGCAUGAGGCACGUGAGGCACUCACCUCGGUAAAAUUUUGAUGUUUAGUGUUUCACAAUUGAAAAGUAUGGGAUAAAACACCUGCUUUUGUUGGAUUUAUUAUCCAGUAGCUAGCUUUGCCUCGGUAAAAUUUUGAUUCUGGCUACAGGCCUGUAAAGACUAGAAAUACCGGUUAUGAUAAAAUGUCGGUAGUCGGCAAAUAUUUUUUGUCACUAGUCACUAGUUAUAUUCAUGUUUUGUCGGUAGUCAGUUACUUUUUAAGCCGUUUGUCGCUAGUCGGCUUAUUUUACACCAUCUAAAAACAUACACAAUACACCAAAAACUGGAAUUCGACUCUGCCAAACAUACGCAUACACACACAACUAUCGAUAUUAUGUGACAGAAAAAAAGCAGAUAUUCUUUAAAAAAGGCAUAACAAUGACAAGAGAAGAAAACAUAUAAAUAAUUAAAAAAUUACAAUAUCAGUGCAAACAGCGUGUAAGUGAAUUUCAACAUUGACAUUUAUACAUAUAUUCUAUAUUUUGUAGAAAUAUAUUGAGAUUCAUCGUAGAGCUCCCAUUUGCUAAUUUUGAAAUUCUUCUUGCGCUGAUGAUUUCUUAAAAAAAGUGUUUAAGCUUAAUUACUUUUAUAUUUUAAUUGACACUGUAAUGCAAAAAACGGGAAUCAACCAAAGAUAGACUCCUACUAUACAAAUAAUAAAUAUUCCAAAUGAUUA